GAAGUGAAGGCGCGUCGCUCCGUCCGGGCCUCUGCGUGCGAAGGACCCCCCGGCUGCGUUGCUAAGGGCGACCGAGGCGCCGUUGCUGGGAUUUUCUGGGCCUGGCGGGAGAGAUGGGCGAGCCGGGCCCCGCCGCCGCCGCCUCGGCCAGAGCGCUGGUGCCUGUCCCGGCCGAGGCGGGCGCCGUGGCUGUGGUGAAGGAGGCGGCCCAGGAGGCCCCCAAGAGCAGCAAGAGGGUCCUGGACGAGGAGAGCUACAUCCAGAGUUUGGAGAAAAUAAUCCAAAGGGAUUUUUUCCCCGACGUUGAGAAAUUGCGUGCUCAGAAGGACUAUCUAGAUGCUGAAGAAAGUGGUGAUUUGGAGAAAAUGAGACAGAUAGCCAUCAAAUUUGGCUCUUCCUUGGGGAGAACUUCCAAAGACACCCCUGCACCGUAUGUUACUCCAGCCACGUUUGAAACACCUGAGGUUCAUCCCGGUGACCCCUCCACAUUGAAUAAACCCAAGCUCCCAGUAAAAACUACAGAGGAAGGUGAAACGGAGGAAGAAGAGAGCAAAGAUGCUCUGCCCAGCCUGGACAGCUUCUUGGCAAAACACACCAGCGAGGAUAACGCUUCCUUUGAGCAGAUCAUGGAUGUGGCAGAAGAGAAGGAGAGAGCCAGGCAUUCAUGGCUCUAUGAUGCAGAAGAGGAAUUUGCCCAGCGGCACCAGGAGCAGAUGGCACUUCCGUCAGCAGAAGAGCAGCAGGCCCUGGCGAAUGGGAAAGCUGGGGUGGAGACAUGGGAGUACAAGGCUAAGAAUUCCCUCAUGUAUUACCCACCAGGUGUUCCUGAAGAGGAGAAUGUGUUUAAAAAGCCACGGGAAAUUGUCCACAGAAACACCCGUUUCCUGAAGGAUCCGUUCAGCCAAGCCUUGAGCAAAUCCCAGCUCCAACAGGCAGCAGCACUCAAUGCUCAGUACAAGCAGGGUAAAGUCGGUCCUGAUGGGAAGGAGCUCAUACCCCAGGAAUCUCCAAAGGUCAAUGGAUAUGGAUUUGUGGCCACGCCCUCCCCAGCUCCCGGUGUGAACGACUCCCCUCUUAUGACGUGGGGUGAGAUUGAAAGCACCCCUUUGAGGUUAGAAGGCUCAGACACACCGUAUGUAGACAGGACCCCUGGACCAGCCUUCAAGAUCCUGGAGCCUGGUCGCAGAGAGAGGCUAGGGCUUAAGAUGGCCAACGAGGCAGCUGCCAAGAACCGAGCAAAAAAGCAGGAAGCUUUAAGAAGAGUCACGGAGAACCUCGCCAGUCUUACUCCCAAAGGACUAAACCCAGCGAUGUCACCAGCCAUGCAGCGCUUAGUAAACAGGACUGCCAGCAAAUUCACAGACAAAGCCCUCAGAGCCAGCUACACCCCAUCCCCUGCGCACCUGAGCACACCUGGCUACAAGACCCCGGCAGGUGGGCCGCAGACACCAACUGUCACCCCAACUUCCAGGACAGCGUCUCAAACACCAGGGACUCAGGACCCCACCUCAAUCACAGACAAUCUGCUGCAGCUGCCUAAAAGACGCAAAGCCUCGGAUUUUUUCUGAGGAACGGCAUCUCUCUCUCUCUCCUCUGCAGGGCCCUGCGUAGCAGAGUAUGUGGAUAUAGCUGACAAAAUAAACACAAUAGUGACAAGAAGGGCUGCCCAGAUUUUCAGGAUUGCUUCUACCCUCCAAUCCUGUGUUGCUGCUGCACUUUUGUCAGCUGCAAGGAGUAGCAAAUGUAGAAGAAGCCUUUUUUGGCCAGGCAUCAGGUUUGAUCUUUGUUGCCUUCUGUGCUACAUGAGCCCAGGACCCAAGGAAAGAAAGACUGUAGCCGAAAUAAUGUACGUGACACGAGCCUUUCUAAAGCAUUUUGAGCGGUUUUACAAAGGGGGCCUUGUUGGUUGCGUUUAGGUGCCUCUGAUUCUGUCCGUGCAGGCGUAUGUUUUUAUUUAUUGAACACAGAAAGCCUUUGGAUAAAGACUCAGCACGAAUGUGAAAUAGCGGGUAUGCCUGCGGCUCUCAGCAUCACUGCUAGAAAAAUUCUGAUGAAUAUAUGGGAGCCACUUUCCAGCUUUACAUUAUUCAUCCAGGGAAUGACUUUCAGGCUGCUUCUCAGUGACAUGUGGCAUUUGGCAGAUGUGGAGAAUUGGUAUUUCUGCUUGGGAGGGCCAGAGCUUUUGCUCUCAGAUGCCUACAGGAAGCCUGACUUUGGUUAUGGGAUGUGUAAGUGUGAUAUCCCCCAAAGCUGGAAAAGGUUGGCUUUAUUUUAAAAAAUAGUAAUUUAUUUUUGUAUAUUUUGCUCUUCUACCAACAGUAUCCACACUUGGUAAAGCAUAUAGUAUAUAAUCAAUAAAAAGUACAUGUACAACUGAAGAACUAUGUGUAAAAGUAAUAAGAACAGAAAACCUAAAUAAAAAAGCCAACAGCAA